AUGUACAGAAUAGACGUUUCAGAUUUUUAUGACUUCCAAGCGUUCAGAAAUAUGUGUCCAUUUCGAGACUAUAACAAAGCAGUCGAGAAUUUGAAACGUUUAGUCAUUUAUGUCGACUCUGCCCCAGAAUGUUAUGUCAUGAAAGAAUGGGAUGUAGUCUUUAACAAACCAAGAGCGACAAUAGUUUCAGAACAAGAAUGUAGACAGAAACUUAAGAAAAUAAAAGUCGUACAAGUUGGUAUGAAGAUGUUAGAUGCUUGGGAUAUCUUAUUGUCAAAGUUAGAAGAUUUUUCAGUUCGUGGUAUAAAGUUCUAUACACCUUCUCCAAACUUCUAUUCUAUCUUCACUGGAUAUAAAUACGAACAAGUAGAAUGGAAAGAAAAUGUUAUAGAAGCUUGGUUAGACCAUGUCAAAGAAAUUAUAUGCAAUGGAAACGAAAGA